UGAAUGAGGGGCCAUCAUCCCGGCGGCUCGGAGGUGGAAAAUACAGUUUAAAGUCUGUGUGGAUGCGUUUAAAAUGAGCGAGCAGGCGGUUCGGACGGGCACCUGAGCGACCGGUUCGGCGCCGCUUCACCUCCCCGGCGGGUGUCUUUGGAUUUGCUGCUCUCUGCUCCCUCCGUGUGCUUCUGAUACUCCUCAGGGCUCGUUAAGACCAAUGCCUUAGUUCUGAUUAAACGCCACCUACAUAGAUUGUGUUUAUAACAUAGGGUGUUUCCAGCAGGAAUCCAGACCCCGUAUCGUCUUCCCCUGUUUAAGUCGGGUUCAGAGGGGGGCAUCAGAAGUCCACACAAACGAGCCACCAUGUCCUCCAUCCUUCCCUUCACUCCCCCUGUCGUGAAACGCCUCCUGGGAUGGAAGAAGACUCCGGCAGGGAGCGGAGGAGCAGGGGGAGGGAUCGGAGGAGUCGGGGAGCAGAACGGAGGAGGCCAGGAGGAGAAGUGGUGCGAAAAAGCUGUGAAAAGCCUGGUGAAGAAGCUGAAGAAGACGGGGCAGCUGGAUGAGCUGGAGAAGGCCAUCAGCACGCAGAACAGCAACACAAAGUGUGUCACCAUACCGAGCAAUUGCUCAGACCUUUGGGGUCUCGGCUCAGGCCACACGAUAGAGCAGUGGGACUCUGCAGGCAUGUACGGAUACCCUGACCACAGCAGGUCGCUGGACGGGCGUCUGCAGGUGUCUCAUCGUAAGGGCCUGCCUCAUGUCAUCUACUGCCGCUUGUGGAGAUGGCCUGACCUUCACAGCCACCACGAGCUGAGAGCAAUCGACACCUGCCAGUAUGCGUUCAACCUCAAGAAGGACGAAGUGUGUGUCAACCCCUACCAUUACCAGAGAGUGGAGACGCCUGUGCUGCCUCCGGUGCUGGUCCCGCGCCACACAGAGAUUCUGACAGAGCUUCCACCUCUGGACGACUUCACCAACUCCAUCCCCGAAAACACCAACUUCCCUGCAGGAAUAGACCCUCCGAACAACUACAUACCAGACACUCCUCCACCCGGCUACAUGAGUGAAGAUGGAGAAACCAGUGACCAGCAGAUGAAUCAAAGUUCACCAGCAGAAAUGUCACCAAGCACCUUGUCGCCUGUCAGUCAUGGCCUUGACCUUCAGCCGGUCACCUACAGCGAACCAGCCUUCUGGUGCUCUAUAGCGUACUACGAGCUCAACCAGCGGGUCGGAGAGACCUUUCACGCCUCGCAGCCCUCUCUGACCGUCGACGGCUUCACCGACCCCUCCAACUCCGAGCGCUUCUGUUUAGGACUUCUCAGCAACGUGAACAGAAACGCAACCGUUGAAAUGACAAGGAGACACAUAGGUCGUGGCGUGAGGUUGUACUACAUCGGAGGGGAGGUGUUCGCCGAGUGCCUCAGCGACAGUGCCAUUUUUGUUCAGAGUCCCAACUGCAACCAGCGAUACGGCUGGCAUCCUGCGACAGUCUGCAAAAUCCCACCAGGUUGUAAUCUGAAGAUCUUCAACAACCAGGAGUUUGCGGCUCUGCUGGCCCAGUCGGUCAAUCAGGGAUUUGAGGCAGUUUACCAGCUAACCAGGAUGUGCACCAUCAGAAUGAGCUUCGUCAAGGGCUGGGGAGCAGAGUACAGACGUCAGACGGUCACCAGCACCCCCUGUUGGAUCGAGCUGCAUCUCAACGGCCCCCUCCAGUGGUUGGACAAGGUGUUGACCCAGAUGGGUUCCCCCUCAGUGCGCUGCUCCAGUAUGUCCUAAACGGGUCGUGCUGUGGCCAAUUUAAAAAAACAAAAACAAACAAAAAAAAUGGAACUGACAUUCAGUGUUUGGACAGUCUACUGGAGACCACCAUGCAGUCUUAACCAUGUACAAACGACAUUUAAGAACAAGAACAUCGGAGGAACGUUCCACCGUGGACCUGGAGAGCACGACGUCGUUAGUGGACGGCAGUGGGAUGUGAACCGUGACCCUCUGGCUCUGUCAGAGGGAAAAACGCCAGGUUAUCGUCAGCCUGAUACCUGAACGCGCACCGUGAUAUCAAAACGACCAGAGAGCCACGGCAGGACGGAACCGCCUCCAUCCAGGCUCUGAUGGAGAAGCCCAAAGCAGGACGGAGCUCCGCCGUCCCCUCCAACACCCAGCAGCAGCCGUUUUGGGGACCAAGCAUGCGACGUUCUGUUUGCGGGACGGCCCGUCCGACCACUUGUUCAGCUCACCUCUUCACCGCCUACCUGCCGCAGCACAACUCUGAUCCAGCGUUAGCGUUUCCGUUUACACCGACAGUCGUACUGCCACUCCAGGCCCGUGUUCAACCAAAGUCAGCUUCAUGCCUGGACAUGAUUCUCUUUCUUUUCCUGGUUCUGGUGACCAAACCUCCAUUCGUUUUUUAUUUUUGAUGUUCUUCUCUCAGUCGGGUCUGUGUUGUCGUCAUCACCACAGGCCCGACCACGACGGACUUUCGCCGUCUUUAACUGUCAAAGCGGCGCCCGCUGGGAGAACAAACCCAUACCAUACUGUAAACACUCUUUUCCAGCUCAGCUAACUUCAGCAGAUGAUUUUCUCUGUGUACUGAUUGGUCCGGUUCAGCCACCAGUGUGCGGCGGGUCACGGCCGCCACUCAGAACCGUGUGUUUUAUACUUCUGUGAGGAGUUUUUUCUUUUUAAUGUGUGAUCAGUUACUACCUAGCGCAGAUCAUUGGGAUAAGUAAGGAAUUCUCAGAGCAAGAGCGUCCGACAUGUCGCCCCACCGGAACCUCGUUAAGCCCGUUCGUUAGGGAGUCGGCCACAGUCCGGUUUCUCGCUCCCCUCUGCAUGCUCUUGCUCUCUUUCUCUCACGUUCUCCUCGUUAUAUUUUUCUAAUUACACCCGCUCGUUGAUGAAGAGGAGCUGUGUGAAGGACUGAACGUCGCCUCCGUCUGUCUGACAGAUAACGAGACGAACGCCGUUCACGUAGUUUUCACGCGUGUAGAAAACGCACACGUCUCUCGGACUGAUGCACGUUUUUCUUUUCCAAUCACUGACAUUUUAUCGUUAGGAGAAGUCUCGCGAUGCGGGACUUUAAUUGACUAAACGACGUCUGUACUGUAUUUGCACUGCCCCCAAAUUAUGCACCCUUAAGAAAGUUGCCUUCGAUGUAAAAUACAGAAAGAGAUGCUUCGGAUUGCAGGAGCAGAAAUCGUUAAAGCCCAACGAGAGCCGAGAUAAUUACAGAAAGAAGCCCCGUAUUUUAGAAUAUUCACUGUAAAAAUCCUUAAAUUGUCUAAAUUGGAUUAUUGACGAGUGUCUGAAGCAUUCGAUUGGUUUUAAUGAGAUUUAAACGCCAGCUGGUUCCUACUUUGGUAUUUUAGAGUGAAGUAUUUAAGCUUUAAGUAUUAAACGAGCUCGUUAAUGAGACACAGUUAUUUUCUUUACACGUUCUUUUAGCUACAUUUUUGUAUUUUCAUGUAUUUUUUUAUAUAUAAAUAUAUUUAAAAUCUUCAAAGCUUUCUUCCUUUUUAUUAGGAUCCAGUAUUCGUUUAAUUUUUUUUUUUUUUAGACUAUACCGUCUGUUUGAACUGAUUACAGCUUGACGAUGAUCCGUGACGUGUAUGUAGCAUAGGACAGAACAUGUUCACCCAGUUUUUACCGCUGAAGCGUAAUUCUGUGCUCAGCGACCGAAAAAGUCCAACAUCGUUAUUCCUUUAAAACCCGAUUAUCAGAAUUCUAUCAGCUGUUGUGGGAAAUCAAAACGCCUGAUUGGUUGUUUCCAGCUCUGGGGGGUGUGACCAAACACCGAGUGAAGGAAACCGUGAUGUUUUAAUUUCUGAGUGUUGGUUCGAUGCGUAGCUCGACCACAGACGUUAGAAAACGACUGACUUUGUGCAUGUUGGUUCCAGCAGCCAGUAUUACGCUCAGCAUCGCAGCAGCUGGUAUGAACUCAGAUAUCUGUCUUUGGAGGGUGAAUCUGUUGGAUUGUGUCUGACUUCAGCAGAUCCAGGACAUUCCAGUUGGCAGCGUGAGAAGCUGCUUCCAUGAGCUCCGUUCGUUUAGCGUGUUUACAUGCACACCGGCCGUCAUCCCUCCGUACUGUAACUCUGCUCCUCACGCUCCAGCCAGCAUUUAACUCACAAGCAGAAUGUUCCACUGAAGCCGAGGUUCUGGGCGGGACGUGUAAAUAGACGGGACGAGGCGUGCGCUCGCCUCACGCCGUCACAUUACAGUGUUCGGUGUGCACACGAACACAUUCACGUUUUCUACUUGGUUAUUCGCUCCCGACAGCCGGCGGAGGGAGAGUUGUACAUUUACCGAUUAGCUGUAGAACACCAAAAUAAAAAGCCUGAAGACGUUUAUCACAUAAGGGCUGAGGCACCGAGUCCAGACAUGCUGUUGUUCAAUCAGCUGUUCGAUGUACGCCGUCGUCUCCUGGGGUCGGAGCAAAUGCUGGUCCUGCAGGACGGCCCGUCUCUGUGCUGGUUUGACCCAGGGAAACCACCAACUGUACUUUUUGUUUUUUAAGGAAACUCGUUUUCGUCGUUCACUCCGCCGAUACUCGUACGCAGACUGAAACCAGCCACAUGCGGUGAUGUUUGUCUCUAAAUAUGUUACCUGUCUGUUCACCUGUCGUGUAUUUUUGCCGUCUUUUUUUCUUUCUUCAUCCAAUCGGGGAUGUUCUCUGGGUUUUCACUCACUAAAGCGUCAUCGCUGGCUCAUUGUUCUAUGCAGUGACAUGAAGCCGUUCCCGGUAUGAAGCAUACCUACGUGGUGUCUUUUCUGAUGGCUACUCACGCCGUCUUGUGCAUUUUGCCAGGAUCCAGCAAAAGCCUUUGCAUCUACUUCUUUUUUUGUUUUGUUUUUUCGUACUCUCUCUUCCCCUCUUGCUUCCUCACAUUUCACCCUGACGCCCACCAGGUCCUUCUGAAGGAAACCAGACGAGGUUUCACGAAGGCUUCUUCAACACAUACGAAGGUUCCUACUCACAGAUCACAUAUGGUGUUAUUAUUAUUAUUAUUCUUUUCUUUCUUAUUGUGAUGACAAUGUGUGUCCCCAGAUGAGCCUCCUUCUGGUGAACUCCUCCCCAGGAGGCUUUUUGGAGGAAGUGAAGUUCCUACAUGUCACUAGUGGUGUUAUAUGAUGUUAUAGAGGUGUACUUUUUAUUUUACUUUCAUUCAUUCAUUGUUAUUUUUCCAUUAGACGACCGUCUGUUAGGAUUUCUGUCUUCUUCCAACACUGAUGAUCUUCAUAGGCUUUCCAACUAUCCUACAUAUACGACUUCUUACAGUGUACACUAAUAAAGCUGUUUUAAUUCAACUGAA